AUGGGAAUAAUAGAAGUUGUGAUUCUACUGAUAUGGCUAAAGGUUCCGGUGGCUGUCCUAAAUCAGCCACCCAAGGGCCAUGAGUAUACUCGCUUGGAACUACCAAGGGCUGGGGCUAAAGGUGCAAGAUUCACUUGGUGUAAUCAAAGAAUUGGCGGUAACCAUGUUAAAGAAAGAUUAGAUCGUGCUCUCUGUAAUGAUAUUAGGACUCCAAAAGCCUUCAAAUUUGAGGCUGUCUGGGCUUCUCAUCCAGAGUUCGUGGAUAUAAUAAAAGAUUGUUGGCAGAUAGAAGAUGUUGAGGGAUCUAAUGGGGUGGUAUCUUUUAUUAACUGUCUUAACAGUUGCAGAGUUAAACUUAUUAAAUGGAGCAAAGAGAAGUUUCCAAACAAUAGGAAACUUAUUGCCAAUUUGAUAGCAAAAAUUGAAGAUCUAAAGGCUGAAGUUUAUACAGCUGAAUCAAAGUGUAAUAUUGAGCGUUUGACCUCUGAAACUACUGUGGUUCGAAGGCAAUGGAAUUUAAUUGUUAAGCUGAAAGACAAUCUGGAUAACUGGAUUGAGAAAGAAGAUGGAAUAGAGAGUUUAAUUGCAUAUUUCUACUCUUCUCUCUUUACCAGCAGCCCCCAAGGCCACUUUGAUACAGUCAUCUAUUACAUUCAACCAAGAAUCUCAGAUUUCCAGAAUCAAUUGCUAACUCAGCCUAUCUCAAAAAUAGAGGUGAAAGAGGCUACUUUCCAGCUUGGAGCUUUUAAGGCACCGGCCCUGAUGGAUUCAAUGGUCACUUUUACCAUGUUUUCUGGAAUGAGACUGAGAGUGGUUUUGGAUAGUUGUAUUUCUGAGCACCAAAGGGCUUUUGUCCCUAAUAGACUUAUCCAAGAUAACAGUAUAAUUGUCCAUGAAGCAUUCUAUUAUCUGAAAAAUAAGAAUUUCGGAGAUAAAUUUGAAUUGGCUUUGAAGAUGGACAUGAAUAAAGCCUAUGAUAGGUUGGAAUGGAAUUUUAUUGAAGAGGUUAUGCUAAAGAGGAAUUUCUGCUCUAAAUGGGUUAACUGGAUCAUGAAUUGUGUUCGUAGUGUAAAGUUUAAUAUCCAAAUGUCAGGGAGAAAGAUUGCUUCUGUUAUUCCUCAGAGGGGUCUUAGACAGGGAGAUCCUCUCUCUCCUUAUCUGUUCAUUUUGGCUUCUAAAGCUCUUUUCUCUAUGAUAUCCUUCCAUUCUAGCCAUGGCAACUUAUCUGGAAUCAACAUUACUAAAGGUGGCCCGAUGAUCACUCAUAGUUUGUUUGAUGAUGAUACUAUCAUCUUUCUAAAGGCUAACUUAGAUAAUUGUAGCCUAUUUAUGAAAUUGUUGCAGGAUUAUUGUAAUGUUUCGGGACAGAGGGUGAAUUAUGAUAAAUCUAGCCUUUUCUUCUCAAAGAACACUCCGAAUGAAGUGAGGACUGAUAUUGUGGAAUGUUUGAAUAUUGCUGAGGUGGACAACCCAGGAUGGGUAGGAAAGUGCAAGGAUGGAGGAAGAAAUGCUUAUCUUUUGCUGGCCGUGGUAAUAAGUGCUAUUCCUAUACCCAAUGUCCUAAUCCACUGGACAUCCUGGAAAGCUUUAACCAAAUCUAAAAAGGAAGGAGGAUUGGGCUUUAAAGACUUUAUGGGUUUCAAUAAUGCUUUACUUGCCAAAACUGCAUGGCGUAUUUUGCAUAAUCCUGACAGUCUCUGGGUUGGUACUAGGCAUUAUAUUGAUGUUUGGAAAGACCCUUGGAUUCCUGGUAUGAAAAAAUUUAAAAUGCCACUGGAUAAUGCUCCUUCUAUCAAUGAAGAUAUGGUGGUUGCUCAGCUGAUUCAAGAUAGACAAUGGAAUCUUCAUGCUAUCUCCAAUCUAGUGGAAGAAUCUGUUCUUAAAUGUAUUCGUGAGAUUCCCCUAUCUAGUACCCCUCGAGAUGAUUCUUUAUUAUGGGCCCCUGCUAAGAAUGGAAUUUACAAUGUCAGGGCUGGUUACAGAUUGAGCCAUGCUGCUACUAAUGGCAGAAUUAUGGCUACUCGAGCUUCUGUCUCCAGGAAAGUAGAGCCAAGUAUAUGGUCAGCUGUAUGGAAACUGAAAGUCAUUCCAAAAAUCAGAAGCUUUAUCUGGAGAAUCCUUAAUAAUGCUUUGGCCUCUAAGGAUGCUUUAUUCAAACGGAAAUGUGCCACAAACCCAGUCUGUCCAGUUUGUGGAGAUGAUACUGAGACUUUAGAACACUUGUUUCUGCUUUGUGAAUGGGUUAAAGUUGCUUGGCUUGGUAGUGUUAUGGGCCUCAAUAUUUCCCCUCUGAACAUCCAGAAUAUCUCUUUCUGGCUUGAGCAGUUUCUAUUGAUGAUCGAUACUGAGUUAGACUAUGGUAAAGCAUAUAUAAGCACUAUGCUGUGGUCUAUUUGGAAAUUACGUUGUAAAUGGAUUUUUGAACAGGUUCUCCCAAAACCAGAAGAAACCAUCGAGAUGACUAAUCGAACUAUGCAAGAAUACUGGAAUGCAAACUCCCUGCUCCCUAAAGUACCUAGCUAUGUGAUGCCCAAAGCUUCCUUUAAGUGGAGGAAACCACAAGCUAACUCAUUCAAGAUAAAUUGUGAUGGUGCUUUUAAUAAUUCUAAUGGAAGAGCUGGUAUAGGAGUUGUUUGUAGAAAUUCUGAGGGGUUAUUCAUUAAAGGCUGGGCUGAGAAAGUAAGUGCUCAAUCGGCAUUCCAAGCAGAACUCUUAGCUGCUCUAAAGGCUGUCUCUCUAGCAACUCAAUGGCAACACUUCCCGGUGAUUAUUGAAAUGGAUUGUAAGGAUCUUUUCUCUGCUAUUACUCAAAAAUAUUUGCUUCUUUGUCUGUGGCUACUCCAAGGCUUGCUUGCUAAGUUGUUUGCAAUGGUGAAUGAUCGAAGUUCUAUUUGCUUCUCUCUCAUUCCUCGUGAGGGAAAUGCUGCUGCCGAUUUCCUGGCUGCUAUAGCUUCAAAGGAGUUGGGACCUAACAGUCUAAUCUUGGUAUCUCCACCUCCUCUAGCUGAUAUCAUUUUUUGUGAAGCCACUGUUGCUAAUGAAUUCAGUUUUGACCAGCACGUUGAAGAGAAUGACAGGGAAGGGACCAGUUGA